UUUUUUUCAUUAGGUACCUACCUACUCCCGUUCGUUUUGAUUUUGUGCAGAGUACUUUUUAUAUACGGAAAAUUUUGUGCUGCGAACCUACUGAAGUGGUGAUAAUGUUAGGUUCUCGGUGUUUUGGUUAUCUUAGAAUGGCUGAUAAAAAAUUCGAAAGUCUUAAACGUUUAAGCAACCUUACAACUGUUUUAGAAAACCCUAAAAUCGGUGAAGUAACCGAGGUUAAGGGUUGGGUGAAAAAUUUAAGAGUACAAAAGGAGCUUAUCUUUGCAGAUGUCAGCGACGGCUCAUGCGGUAAGAAGCUGCAGGUGGUUAUACCUAAACAUCUGACAAGCGACGCACUCAGCUACGGCAGUUCCGUACGUAUCGUCGGGCUGCUUUCAAAGAGUCCCAGAGGACAAAUAGAACUCCUCGCUGACACCGUAAACGUAUUAGGUAGUUGUAUUGUGUCAGAAGGAUAUCCGUUUCAGCCCAGAAAGACACACCCACCAGAAUAUGUACGCCAGUAUUUACAUUUACGCUCGAGGACUAAUUAUAUAUCAUCUAUUUUGAGGGUAAGAAAUGCGCUCACAAUGCAUAUCUAUGACUUUUUUCGUUCAAGAAACUAUUUGAAUGUACACACACCAAUACUGACUUCAAAUGACUGCGAAGGUGCCGGAGAAGUUUUUAAAGUGCAACCUGAUAGUGAUGAAACUGUAAAAGCCAUGAUGCAAGAAGGGAAAGACAGAGAUUCUGUUUAUUUUGGAUCAAACACAUUUUUGACAGUGUCGGGUCAGUUGCAUUUAGAAGCAGUCUGUAGAGGCAUGGGAAAUGUGUACACUUUAGGUCCGACAUUCAGAGCAGAAAAUUCCAGAUCUCGGCUGCAUCUUUCUGAGUUCUAUAUGUUGGAAGCAGAGCUAGCAUUUUGUGAUAGAUUAGAACAGUUGCAAGAAGUUAUUGAAGAUUUAUUUAAAUAUGUAUUUGUAAAGACGAGAGAUACCAAUGAAGGUGAUAUGUGGAUUAUAGAUAAAGAAAAUGAAGUACCAUCAUGGAGUGAUAAAAAAUUUAUUACUAUAACUUAUGAGGAAGCCAUAAAUAUAUUGAUGAAAAAAGGUUUGAAUGUAUCAGAUGAAGGAAUAAAUAAAGAACAGGAAUUGGCUAUUGUAGAUCAUUGUGGCAAAGUGCCUGUUUUUGUGGUCAGAUGGCCUAAAGAAUUAAAGUCUUUUUAUAUGAAAGAAUGUCAGCAUGAUAACACAAAGGUGGAUGCACUAGAUCUUUUGACACCUGUCACCGGAGAGGUGGUAGGUGGCAGUCUCAGAGAGGAUGAUUAUCAAAAUUUGAAGGUGAAGAUACCUUCAGAGAGAUUAAAUUGGUAUCUUGAACUAAGAAAGUAUGGCAACAUACCAACUGGAGGGUUUGGACUUGGUUUAGAGAGACUUAUGCAAGUCAUGUGUAACAUUAGCAAUAUAAAGGAUACCCUACCAUUUCCUAGGUGGCCACAUAACUGUGAUAUGUGAGCGAAUUGUAAUUGGGUGAUCUUCCAAACUUACCUAAAAGCUAUCUACCAAAGUUCACUAUUGCAUCAUCAGUGAAGUUAUGUCAUUGAGAAAAGUUUGAUAUUACAUAUAUUAUAUACUUCGAUGUUUACACUGAGACGACGCGGUGUGCGCUGUUUGGAACAGCUUUACAAAGUAGAACUUUAUUUACCCCAUAAUAAGUCUGUAGUCGACAUACUGCAGAACAUCAACAAAACCAUACAGGCUCAGCAUAUACCUUGUCUCCUUUAACCCAGACAUUGGCAGAAUCGUCACGCAAUGAGACGCAGCUGGAAUCACCAAAAUUGAAUUGAAUUAUCCCACAAAAAGACACAAAUGUGGACGCUACUGUGACUUUGUGUACUGUAAAAUGGGUUGAAAUUUUCGACUUCUUCGGAUUAGGAAGUGUGUAAUGAGAUUUAGGUUUUAAUCUACUAAAUUGUCCAAAAGAGAAAUAGAAAUAAAAUAGCGGUCAAUAUAGAUCGAUGUUUACUGUGGCAGAGUAUCAGCAAGUUUUAAUACUACACGACAGACAGACCUCCCUAGUCCAUUUUCUCUGGCGUUGAUUCAAUCGAAGUACUUACAUUGCCCAUGAUAAGGUACAAAAUCUAAAGUAAGACCACUAGGGUUCACCAUAAAAAUAAUUUGGUUUCUUCAGAAUUUGGCUUCCGUAGGGUACAUAGUUAUAGGUACCUGAUUUUGCUUGCAUUUGCCAGUAAAACGAAUUAUUUGUUAAUCUACAACUACAAAUUUUUAUUGUUGAGUUUCCCUUUUUCUCUUUGAUUUUUCAUCAAUUGCUACACAUUUUCACAAGGAAAGCUUGUAGCCUUCUCAAUUUGUGGCACUAUCGGAUGAAGCUACCAAAAUCUGUCGACAUCUUUCUUACCUGAAGAAACCUGGUUGUCAUCCAUGUCUUUCAUGUUUGAUCUGAUGUUAAAAUCUCUGUUUAUCUAAUGUUACAAAAAUCUGAAAAUUUGUUACGAGUAGUUGUUUCGGCUAUCAGCUUUACUAUUGCUUAUGCUGCCCAAAAAAUUCUAAUCCUUGGAAGACCCAGAAUACCUGUAGCCAUCGAGCGACCAAUGACGCAUCUUCCCUCUUCAGGUGUCGUAUUUAGUGACUUGUCAGUUCGGUCUACGCUUGAUACAUUCAUACAAUUUGAAAAUGAAUCAAGAAAUGAGCGAUGCAUGUGUCUUGAAAAGUAAUCAUGAAAACUUUUGAUAUAGCCUGUUCUUCUCAUCAGUCUUUCAAAACCCUGCUCGAUAAAUAUUUUCAGUUUUAGUAAUUUAACAAACUUUGGGAAACAACUUUUAGGUUAUUUAAAAGGCAGGAUCCAUCAGCUUUUUUCUAUUUUGUAUGUAUUUCUCGUCAUGCCAUUUUCAUAGGUCGGAAAAAUGCAACGUCUAAUGUUGUGUGAGAUAGGGUAGUUUAGCCGGUUUCCGUCCAAUUAGUGGAGUUGCCAGGUUAUACAUUUAAAAAAAAUAUGUUCCACUGGGUCACAUCUAACAAACUAUAUUUUAAUUAAACGCUAUUAUAGUCUAUUUUAUGUUUACACCAAGAGACAAUUAAUUAUAAUCUUCGUUUUUUUUAUAAAAAAUAUUUUAUUGAAAAGUACCAAUUUCAUCAGUUUUCGUCCAAAAAUAUUAGUUUUCGACAUAGGUUACUUUUCGUCCGCUGUUUAUAAAGAGGAUUAUAAUGCAAUAAAUUAAAAAUCAGUGUUA